UCGAGUUCGGUUUGGCGGCCGCGAAAAGCAACAGCGGGAAUCACCGGGUCGCUGAUUGGCCAGUCGGAACACCACCUGCGCAGAGCCUCCGACUGGCCGCCUGGACAUUCAUCAACCUUACGUCGACUCGUCCACAAUUUCAAUGCGCUGUCGGGCUUGACUUGUGAAUAACUGUGACAACAAACACCGGAAUUCAAUUUCAACGCAUUCAACCUCGAACUUAAACCAGGGGGAGAUUUCUACCGUGGAACUACUUUGUCUUCCCCCUCAGACCACCCUGACAUUUUCCCGCCCGACCGACUCUCAACACCCCGCCUAACGAAAAUAAAAUUAUGGCCUCCAACAAGCCUGGUGCGGUCAGUUCCUCCGGGAUCACAACGAAUGAAACCACCGGGGAACGCUACAUUCCUUCGUCUGUCCGUGCCGACGGUUCCAAGCGACGAGAGAUCCGUGUCCGACCGGGAUACCGCCCUCCUGAGGAUGUGGAACUAUACAAAACCCGUGCGGCAGAGGCCUGGAAGAAUCGCGGAAAAGGCGGGGUUCCCGGUGCCGAUGGAUUGAAGGACGACGAGGACACAUCGGCCAACAAGGCAGGUGGUGCAACCAACAACAAGAAUGCGAAGCGUCGCGAAGCUAGAAAGAAGGCCAAGGCGACACAGGAUGGUGCUACCAACGGCAAGGAUGUGACUCGCAUCGAGAACUGGCGUGCCGGUGCGCCCGAAGAGGCUAAGAAGCAAUCGAACGGAGCCGAAAAGGACGCAGCGCAAACCGAGGAAGCAGUCGACCCUGAAGCAGAGAAGGAAAAGAAGGCCCGCAAUUUGAAGAAGAAGCUGAGGCAGGCUCGCGACCUGCGCGACAAGAAAGCCCAGGGAGAGGCCCUUCUUCCCGAGCAGUUGGAGAAGGUGAUCAAGAUUCAGGAACUGAUUCGCCAACUGGACUCCCUCGGGUUCGAUUCGAACGGAGACAAAAAGGAGGCCACCGAAUUGAAGGAGUAGAGGGAACUACCGAUUCGCAGAAGUAACCGUACUUCUUAUUGAUCAGGUCCUAUUGUGCGACUUUCUGAAGGU